AUGACUACUCCAAUUAGAACUCGAAUGUUUACUAAAACACUUCAAGAAUUCUUGGUAUCAAAUUCAGAUUUUAAAGUAAUUUUCAAUCCAACUGGAAGAAUUGAAGAACCUGAAAAAUCAUUUUUGAAUCAAGAUACUCAAAGAAUAUGUGUACUUGAUUCCUCAUUUAACCCUCCACAUUUAGGACAUUUACUGUUGGCAAAGGAUUCAUUAGCUCAAUCGUAUUCUGCGACUGAAGAUGAAGACAAGGUUCUACUCUUACUUCUUUCUGUCAAGAAUGCAGACAAAAUUACACCUCAACCUGCUUCAUUUGAAGAAAGAAUUGAUAUGAUGUGUUUAAUGGCAAACUAUUUGCAUAAAACUUUGGGGAUCAAUGUAAGUGUAGGUCUUACAAAGCAUGCCAGAUUUGUUGAUAAGUGGUCUUCCGCCCUUCUGUAUAUAAGGAAUGAAAAAUUGCAAGAUCCAGUCAAAGUAAAGUUAACAUUUCUGGUUGGGUUUGAUACUUUGAUUCGUAUAUUUAAUCCAAAAUAUUAUGUCCCGGAUAAAAUUCUGCAUACCUUGGGAGAAUUUAUGUCUACUACAGAUUUAUUUUGCUUAACUAGAACUGAUGCUGAUACAACUUUCCAAGAACAAGUUCGAUAUGUCACAGACAUUCUGUUAAAUAAACAUGACCAUAUUCCCAGUGGUUGGUCUAGUAGAAUUUUCCUCGAACAAAAAAAUGAUAGUACAUCCAAAGUUUCUUCUUCCUCAAUUCGGAAACAAAUCCAUGGUCAAACUGAAAAGAAUUGGGAAAAUGAUGUCAUUGAAGAAAUCAAGGACUAUAUUGAAACAAAUAAAAUUUACAGGUAG